AUGGUCUCUACGCGCCCAUCCCCAGCUCCAGCCCGCGGCAGAAUAGCAUACCCGACCGCUGUAACGUACACUCCUGGGGAUGACAAUGAAGCCCCUACGUACACCGGAUCCGAACCGAUCCGCCCCAUGACCUCUCCCGACAGCGACAACUCGCAAGGUGCCAAGAGCUGGUGGAAAGCCCCAGCAGUCAAGCCUGACUCUGCAGCAGUCUUUGGCGUCUCACUUGCAGAGGCCUUGACCUAUGCCUCGGUGCAGAUCUCGACGGCUGGGCCGGACGGCAAGCUAUACGUUUGGGGUAUCAUUCCCGUUGUGGUCGCCAAGUGUGGCCUGUAUCUCAAAGAGCACGCCACAGAAGUGGAAGGCGCUUUCCGCAUCUCUGGAUCGGCCAAGCGGAUGCGGGAACUACAGGCCAUCUUUGAUACGGGCCCCAGGUAUGGCAAAGACAUCGACUGGAAAGCGCUCGACUUUUCCCCACAUGAUGUAGCGACCAUCUUCAGAAGAUUUCUCACGCAAGCACCUGAAUCCAUCAUCCCUACCGAUUUCUACGAAGAGUUUCGCGCUGUUCUCGAGCACGGGACGCCUCCAGAUGCCAUCGACCGAUACAAGGAGCUCGUUCGAUCGAUUCCUCCCAUCAACCAAUAUCUUCUGCUCUACGUGCUCGAUUUGCUGAGCGUCUUUGCUCGCAAAUCAGAAAGGAACUUGAUGAACGCACCCAAUCUCGCUCUUAUCUUCCAACCCGGCGUUCUAUCUCAUCCUGUCCACGCCAUGCGACCCAAGGAGCACGUCCUUUCCCAACAGGUUCUCGAGUACCUGAUCGAACAUCAGGACAGCUUCCUGAUCGGCAUGGAAUUGAAGUCCAAAAAGUCGAAACGUCCCAAGGCACCACCACCUCCUGUACGUGUCAAGGCCGACCCCGACCUGAUGCUGCCGUCCGACUCGGACGAUGAGGCACCUUCGGGUGGAUAUUACAUCAUCGAGGGGAACGUCCGGUCUCCAGUUCCCGGUAAUACUUCGCUGCCUGCCGCAAACCUCAUCCCUCCUCCUCCAACACUGCCCACAAGUCCCUCGAAGGGCGUCGCCAAGACCAUAACGGCUAUUCGCGAGGAGAUGGAGGCGUCAGAUUCCGACGAGGAGGUACCCAGCGGAGGGUUUGAAGUGCGAGUCAGCGAGGCUGCCCAAGCUCGGGCUCGUCGAGCGUCUACAUCUGGGGUCAAGGGGAAGGAGAUGCCUUCCAAACGUCGGGGUUCGCUAUCUGCUAGACUUCGAGGGACCAAGGAAGAGCCAUAG